UCUUGUUAAUGUUUGGAUGAUUUGGAAAGCCAUUGCAUGUGAUUUGUGCUCUUGUGCAGUAAAAGUGUAAUCGCAUUGGCAGAGUUGCAACAGUACAAAUGGAAGGAAUGAAAGUCAAAACAAGAAAAGAUGGACUAACAGAUGGAGGGAUUACAAAAAGGAGGAGAUUUGUAGAGAAAAUGAGUGAAAGCCUGACAAGUGUGAGAGGCUAAAGACAUGUUGCUUUCUUGCCUGCAUGGCUGAGGGCCAUUUCUGCUCUGCUCUUCCCAGAAAAUAGGAAACGAAGACAAAGGGUGGACUGGGAAGGGAACUGUUCAUUCACAAUUGUUCAUUGUGUACUUGUUUCUUGAGUUACCAUGUUGGAGCACAUGCCUCGCCGCUCCCGCUCUCUUCUCUGCCUCUCUUUGACCUCUCUUGCUCUGGUUAUGUCUGUGCUGGCCUUUUGCACCUCCUACUGGUGUGAGGGAACACAGAAAGUGGUGAAACCGCUCUGCCUCUCACCUGUGAAAAUGGAGAAAUGUAGCCAGAACAACAGCCAGCUUUUUGCAGUGGGCACAGCGAAACCAGACACAAGAGAGUUAACAACAUAUCAAAAUCACAAGUCUUCAGAGAAGCUGAAAACUCAGCUCAGAUAUCUGACCUUUAGUCACUCUGUCUGCCCAGAGCUUUCCAUGAAUGGAACAGUGUCACCAAACCAGACAAAACCGCUUACCAAGAACCAACAGACACAGCUGGCUAAUGCUGUGCAGUACAUUUGGGAAACUGGAGAGGACAAGUACAUGUUUCGGUACUUCCACGCAGGAUUCUGGAAAUCUUGUGAGAAGCAUGCUGAUGGGGAGCGAUGUCGCAGGUUUCUAGACCUAACUCCUGAAGAUACUCAUGGUGUUCUCUGGUUGUCUAUGAUAUCUGAGUUCAUAUACAUCGGUCUGUUGGGGACAGGCUUUCUGUUGAUGUGGUUGGAGGUUUUUUGUUUGCAUAAAGAAAUGCAUGCACUCAAAAUCAACGCAUUUGCAGCCCUAUGCACUGUGCUGUCAGGCCUAACUGGGAUGAUGGCCCAUAUGAUGUACACCACAGUUUUCCAGGUGACUGUGAUAAUAGGACCCAAAGACUGGAGACCUCAGAACUGGGACUAUGGCUGGUCUUUUGCCAUGGCCUGGGUGUCUUUUAGCUGCUGUAUGGGUGCUGCUGUCCUCACCUUCAACUCCUACACCAAGACUAUCAUUGAGAUUCGCCGUCGAAAGAGGCUACGCCUGGAGGAAGCUCCUUCCUAUGAGGAGGUGGUUUCAGGAGGUGGAAUCUACUCUAUCAGUGGCCUACUGCAGCAUCCUGGUGGGAUGAUUGAUAGAAUGUGGCAAGACCAUGAGAGUAUGGAAGUGAAGGCAAAAGUGGUGCUGAUAGGGGGAUGUAAACCGGAGGAGUGUGAGGACUGCGAGAGGGAGAUGGAUUACAUGGAAGGGGCCAUAGACAGUGAGGGAACAGACUCACCUUGUUAAUGAAAGUUAUGUAAAUUGGCAGAAGUGAAAUAAUGAUACUGAGGGUCUCUUGGAUACUGAGAAGACUUAAUAAAUGGAUUGAUGUCUCAGUCUGGAUUCAGAGCGCACUUUAAAUGAAAUGUCAUGAGAUAUUGAGUGGAUUACACAUGGAUUGGAUUAAAACACAAAGCAUUUAUUUCAGAAUACAUUUGCUAUUAUUGUGGAACUGCUCUUGAUGUGUUUUGUGUUUUUUUCAGAGGAUGAACAUGCUAUUCUUAGUCGCUGUCCUACUGAACCAGUAGUCAUGUAUUGAUAGAGACUUACAGCAAAGUCACGUUUCAUGUGUGAAAUUACACAAGUAACUUUUCAACUCAUCAUGUAUCACAAAUUUAUUAUAUGUAGUAGACUUUUCACAUGUAGGUUGUUUUAUUUUGUACCAUAUGAUUCUUUUUAUGUGUUCAUUUUUUAUAUGUAGGGCAGAUGGUUUCAUUUUUAAGGUGUGAUGUUCAUCAGGUGAAUGAUUUCUUUUGCACAUGUGAUUACCUUAUUCACAUGAACUAUUCAUAUGUGUUUAUGUGAUAAUCCUUCACAUAAUUCCACGUUUAAUUACUCAAUCAACUGUAGAAAACAUGAUCACAGAGGUGGUCAGUCUUGUUUGGAGUUCUCUGGUAUGAUGUCCAAUGAAACAGUAUACACUGUACAACCUACAUUUUACAAGACACAAUCUCUUUAAAUGUCAGCUUCUGUGAGCUCCUCAGAGAAGCCUCGAACACUUCACAUUUUCUUAAAAUUUUAUUCCAUCAGAAAUGAGACAAUGAGACAAUGGGACAAUAAGACAGACACAAUAUUUAAAUGCCUACUUUGCUUAAAGUUUAAACAGCUGCCUCCUCCUGGUGGCACUAGAGAUCAAUAUUCAACAGACUUCAUUGCUAUAAAUCUCCCAUAGAAAGCUAAUAUAAUGAAUAAUAAAUAAUAAAUUCCACCACUCUCUUUAUAUAGAAAACAUUGGAAUGAAAUACCUUUCUAGUCAAAUUGUCCAAUAAGCAUUAUGGUCCAAUAAAAAUGUAUUUGUCAUUGUGAUGUUUAUGCAUUUUGAAUAUCUAGUUGCAUUGUGAAUGGAUGCAUAAGCUGUUUAGAAGUACAGGAGUACUAGUGUGUAUUACAGAACUGAAAACACAACCAUUCACCUUAUCUGCCAACAUUUAACAGAAAAUAAUAGUAUUUACAAAGUAACUGGAGGCCCCAGAAUGGGUCCAGCUUUCUGUUUGUUUAUUUGAUAGGCUCGUAUUGGAUUAAGUGGAGGGCAUUUUCGUUGUCCAUCACCCCCUGAAUAAACUCCCCUUCAGCCAACCGCUCUGAGAAA